UUUCCGAUCGUCCCAUUCCUUUUAACAGAAAUAGAAGAAACCCACUUUAAAAAUCCUUGCCUGAUCUAGAUGUGGCUCUAGAUCAGGCAUGGGCAAACCUCGCCCCUCUAGGUGUUUUGGACUUCAGCUCCCACAAUUCCUAACAGCCUCAGGCCCUUUCCUUUCCCUCCUCAGCCGCUUAGAUGUCCCUCUUAUUCAUGGGUCUGUGGUUGAGGUUUUCCUAGGUUCCUCUGACCGGAAGUCUCUUGUUUUGGGAGCCGUAAGCAAGGCUUUCCAGCUGGAAUUAGUUCCUCUUUUCGGCGGGAAGGAAACAGAGAAGGGAGCCAGGGAUUGAAGGCAGCAUUUGACCAGGCACCAUGGCAGAUCCAGAGAACCUAGAAGUGAUGGUGAAAACCUUGGACUCUCAGACAAGGACCUUCACAGUUGAAGAAGAGAUCACUGUGAAGGAAUUCAAGGAACAUAUUGCGAGUUCAGUUAACAUCCCCGCAGAGAAGCAGCGUCUUAUUUAUCAAGGAAGAGUCCUGCAAGAUGAUAAGAAAUUGAAAGAAUACAACGUCGGAGGCAAAGUCAUUCACUUGGUGGAACGUGCACCUCCCCAGACCCAGUCACCUUCCUCAGGGGGUCCUUCUGGAGUUGGCUCAUCUUCCGUCCCUCACAACGGUGCCGGCCCUCGGGGGACAGGCCCCACUGUGCAUGACCGCAACGCCAACAGCUACGUCAUGGUGGGAACCUUCAACUUACCAGUAAGCAUUAUGGAUCCUCAGCCACCCACACAAAGCGAUGGAUCGUCUGUGGAUGUUCAUAUAAAUAUGGACCAGGCUCCCAUACAGAGUGAACCUCGCAUCCGUCUUGUGAUGGCUCAGCAUAUGUUACGAGACGUCCAGGGCAUCCUCAAUCGGCUGGAGGGUCGCACCAAUGGCCAGGCCCCCUCAGGAUCUGAGGAGAUGCCGUCCGCCAGCCCCACUGAACGGGAGCCAAUGGAAGGGGCUGAAUCCGAGCCUUCCAGUGAGCCCACGGCAGCAGAGGAAACACCGCCAUCUGGGACUGAGCCACCCCCUGCGCCUGAUGCUGCUACACCCAACCACCCUUCACCAAGCGAGUAUGUGGAAGUACUAGGGGAGCUCCGAGGCGUGGAGAACCGGCUUCAGCCCUUCCUGCAGAGAUAUGAGGAGAUCCUGGGGACUGCAGGCUCUGCCGACUAUAACAACAAUACCGAAGGCCGUGAAGAGGACCAGCGAAUUAUCAACCUAGUGGGGGAGUCACUGCGCCUGCUGGGUAACACCUUUGUGACGCUCUCUGACCUGCGCUGCAAUCUCUCCUGCAAUGCCCCCCGCCACCUCCAUGUGGUGCGGCCCAUGUCCCAUUACACAGCCCCUAUGGUGCUGCAGCAGGCUGCCAUCCCUAUCCAGAUUAAUGUUGGCACGACAGUUACCAUGACAGGCAAUGGCUCUCGAGGUGCUCAGACCAGCUCAGAAGGGUCCACGGCAUCCCAGACCUCUCCUCCUGCUCAGCCGGGCACUUCCACUCCUCCAGAUGCUGGCCGUCCAACUGAGGGGUCCCCCCCUGCAGCCUCUUCCCCGGGGGCCGCCCCUACUCAGACACAGGGCUCCCAGACAGGCCACCCCCGGGUGAUCCGUAUCUCGCACCAGACAGUGGAACCCGUGGUUAUGAUGCAUAUGAAUAUACAAGAUUCUAGCUCCCCGAUGGGAGGGAGCGGAACUGGUGGAGCACCACCAGCAGGAACUCCUGGGCCAAUUGGGCAUACUCCAGGAAUGGGUGGUGCUCCUCAUAUGCCCCUCCCCAGCCUCCCUCCAGAGUUCAUGCAGGCUGUGGCCCAUCAGAUAACACAGCAAGCCAUGGCAGCUGCCGCCUCAGCUGCUGCAGGUCAGCAAGUCCCAAGCUUCCAGUCAGCACCAACACGUGUCAUGAUUGCCAGACCCUCAGCGCCUUCUGUGCGGCCCACUCACCCAGGGUCACCCCAGGCACCCGGACAAGGGCCUCCCAGCCUGGGUGGAAAUGCUUCAUUGGCCCAGAUGAUCAGUGGCCUAGUGGGACAACUCCUCAUGCAGCCGGUCAUUGUGGCUCAGGGCAGUGGGACAACCGCAUCAGCCCCUUCUUCCGUCAACACCCAAGCUACCUUUAGUACCAGCAACUCUGCCUCUCCUCCAACUGCCUCAGCCAGCGCCGGUACAACAAAUACUGCCACCACUGCAGCUGGGGGCAGCUCUGCCGGUGCCCCAGGAGGGCCCAUCCCGUCCAGCCAGCCUCCUACAGCAGGCGCCGAACUUCAGUUAUCUCAGUUAUCCCAGCUGCUGGGGAAUUUCUUCGGUGCCACAGGAUCCACCAUGGCUGGGAUGGCCGGCGUUGGCUCUCCAACCAUUACUGUGGCCAUGCCAGGGGUGCCUGCUUUCCUGCAAGGCAUGACAGAUUUCCUUCAGGCCACACAGAUGGGAGCAGCGCCUCCACACCCUCCUGAACAGAGUCCCCCUCCUCCUCCUCCCCAACCAGAGGCCACUCCACCCCCACCGCCUCCCCCUUCUGCUCCCCAGAGUGGGACAGAGGCCCCCUCUGGCAGUGUGGGAGGCAGUGGGGUUCGCGGAGGGGCCUCCUCAGCCGAUGCCCCGCCUCCUGAGUUUUUCACCAGCGUCGUCCAAGGGGUGCUGUCGUCCAUGAUGGGUUCACUCAGUGCCCAGCAGUGCAGCACUGAGAGCAUUGCUGACUUCAUCCAGCGCCUGAGCGGAACCAGUAACAUCUUUGAACCGGGCACAGAAGGGGCCUUGGGCUUCUUUGGAGACCUGCUUUCCCUGAUCUGUCAGAACUUCUCCAUGGUUGACAUGGUGAUGCUGCUACAUGGGCAGUUCCAGCCCCUGAAGCGGAUCCAGCCCCAGCUCAAUCGGUUCUUCCGGGAGGAGUAUCUGCAUGGUCAAGAGCCCACAGAUCGGAACAUCCAGAUGGCCACUUACAAUUUGAUCAAUGGCUUGGAGGACUACAUCCGCGAGAGCUUUGCCUCUGUCCGCGUUCGUGAUGGUGUUGACAUCACCCGCACCAAUCUGGAAUUCUUGCAGGAGCAGUUCAACCGCAUCGCUACACACAUCCUCCGCUGCACUGAUAACACCUUUGGGUAUCGGCUGUUGGAGCUGUGCAACCAGGGCCUGUUUGAGUGUUUGGCUUUGAACCUCUACUGCUUGCGGGGGGAGCAGGGUGCCCUAACAGCCGUCAUCAACGACCGCAUUAGGCGGAUGUCGGCAGACAUGAACCCCUCCUUGGUGAGCUGGCUCACCACCAUGAUGAGCAUGCGUCUGCAGGUCAUUCUGGAGCACAUGCCAGUCACGGAAGAGCAGGUCCUCCAGUACGUCCGCAGGGUGGGCGAUCCCCCGCAGCCUGCUCCGGAAGAGCCUAUGGAUCUUCAGACUGUGGAACAGGCUCCAGAAACUUUGCAGCGUGACAGCGUGGCUUCCCCAGCCCCGGCCACGACGGCGGAGGAGGCCAUGCCCCAGCAGCGUGGGGAGCCAGAGCACGAGGAGCCCCAACAGGCAGAGCCCCCCGCCCCAGAGGCAGAGCCCUGGGCUGCUGCUGUGCCCCCCGAGUGGGUGCCCAUCAUCCGGGAGGACAUCCAGACCCAGCGCAAGCUCAAGCAGCAGCCUCCUCUCAGUGACGCCUACCUGAGCGGCAUGCCGGCCAAGCGGCGCAAGACGAUGCAGGGGGAUGGGCCCCAGCUGCUUCUGUCUGAGGCAGUGAACAAAGCGGCCAAAGCGGCUGGAGUGAAGCCCCUGACCAGCACGGAGAGUCUGAGCCGAGACUUGGCCGAACCAGCCCUACAGGAAGGCUACCGACAGCAGCUGAAAUCUGAUCUGCAGAAGCGACUACAAGCCGAUCCCAGUUUCACUCCCCAGCGGUUCCCCAAUGCCCAGCAGGUCUUUGUGGCUGAGGACCCGUGACGGCUGCUGCCCUAUACGGCUUCUGGGGCUUGCCUCCCAACCCCUUUGAUCACCAUCAUACAGGCAGCCACUCCCUUCUCAGGCCAAAUAUUUAAGUUCCUUCCCACGUAUUCCCCUCUCCCCAGUCGCUGGACCCUCUCUGGGUUCAAGUUGCUGCUGAAAUCAAUAAAUAAACGCCACUUGACCAGGA